CACUUGGAUCAGUUUCCCUCUGCUGGCAAAACUUCACCAAAUUCAAUCAUAACUUGACAAAAUUCUCAAAACAAACCCAUCUCAUCAAUUUGAUUAUUUUAUAAUCUCAAAUCAACUUCUGCACAAAAUAUUCUGAAAAAUACAAAUACUUUGCUGUUUUAUAAAAACCAUUUUAAAAUAUAAGUUGAUAACCUCUCUUUAAAUUUUCUAGAUUUCGACCGAAUCGAUUUGAACAAUUUCUUAAAACUCAACAGAACUUCAGUUAUUGACGAUAGCCACAACGAAAUGCAGACACAAGCUUACGCCGGAGCAGUGGGUGCGAACCCAGCCGCCUUUGCCGGAAUGAUGCCGGCAGCCGCUUACUACGACCAGGGCGCAUUCUACCGCCAGGCAGCCGCCGCCCAAUACAACAUGAUGGCCGGAAAUCCGAUGGCAAUGUACCCGACAACCGCAGACUUGUACUCGGGAACUGCAGCAAUGCGAGGAUACCCCGGAUACCCCAGUCCGUUUCCACACGAGAACCCGAAAGAUAUGGUGAAGCCUCCGUAUUCCUACAUCGCCCUGAUUGCUAUGUCAAUUAUGGCCUCCAAGGAUAAAAAAGCCACUCUUAGUUCGAUCUAUCAAUUCAUAAUGGACCGGUUUCCUUAUUACAGGCACAACAAACAAGGUUGGCAAAACAGUAUCAGACAUAAUUUGAGUCUAAACGACUGCUUUAUAAAAGUGGCGAGAGACGACAAGAAGCCAGGAAAGGGCUCGUAUUGGACUCUGGAUCCUGAGUCUUACAAUAUGUUUGACAACGGAAGCUAUCUGAGACGCCGAAAGCGGUUCAAGAAAAUUAAAGAAGAAGGUAAAUUUUCGGUUGCGCAGGGUCAAAACUCCCCAAAUGCGAAGUCGAUUAAACAAGAAAUAACGAGUUCACCGCACAACUCUCUCUCGGAGAACAACAAAGCCAGCUCCGAAAUAUCACCGACGUUUUCGCAACAUCAAGUCGAAAAUAACAACAUCAAUAAUGGAAACUUCACAAAUACCUCGAUCGCUCAAACCUCAAUGUCAGGCAAAGAAAUCUCAAUUCCAUCAAACGGUUCAGCAAACUUGGCUCUCAGCCAAAUUUCACCUCUCGAUGUCAACAUGUUUAAUGAUAAGACAUUCACGCAGCAAAUGAACUUCAACGAAAACGAAAGUUUCAAUGUUCUGCUUGGGUCUGAUUUGCACGGAGCCACUACAAGUAAUUUCAUGAGAACAGUAAACUGUGAAUCGCCAGGUAAUAUUUCGUCCCAAUUUGCUGUCUCGGCCGCGGCUCCCUACGGGUCAACGAUGGCUCCGAACUUGCACUCUUCAGCAGUCGCUGCAGUUGCUGCGAAUAACGUCCUCGAUAUGUCGAAGUACUACUAUACAAGUGCCGCCGCUUAUUGCAAUCUGAAGCCUGAACAACUAGCUUCGAACAUGCUCACUCAUUCGUUCACGUCCAACGCCAUUUCGGCUGCAGCCGGUAACCAAAUAAUCGGAUCAGGAGGCAAUCCAAACGGGAUUCCAUCUUCGGGAAUUAGCAACCAGCAUAGUAGCUUCUCAACUGUAAAUCAGCACUCCCAGAUAAAUUCCCAGCCAAGUUUGAGCUACGACUAUUCCAAAUUCAUCUUUUGACCAGAUCAAACUUUGAGAUAAAGUUCAAUGUAUUGAUGUUCAAAUUCCAAGAACUGAAGGCGACGAAAAAGUAUCUAGGGAAACAGGGAUAAGAAAAAGUGACCUUUACAGAGAACUUAUUUUUGAACUGCUUUUAAGUGAUUCCUUCUUAAAUUUUAUAUACUUUGAUGUUCAUAAUUAA